AUGUUGGACCCGAAUAAAUUGAUAUUGUCGGACAUUGAUGAAAGUACAGUCGAACCGGAAGUGUUUUCAUAUAAUGAAGAGGUUUCAGAAGAUAUCCCACAAUCUUUACUCAGCUACUUCGAGGCUUCAAAAAGCAGAGCGUCAGUUUGUGAGAAACUCAUCCUGGAGGAGAUUGAAGACAGUCCUGAGGAUGAGAAUGACUUUGUGAGGGAAAGCACCAACCGUGGAGCAGAACAACAAAAAGCUUUCUGUGAGGAGGUGCAGAAAGAAGAGCAGAGGCGACAAAGAGAGAUUCAUUUCCAAGAAGAGCUUAAAAAGAUCACGGAGAAAGAAAAACUCCACAAGAUGGAACUUGAGCUGACAAGAAAUCAAGCUCAGGAAAAAAUUGAACAGGAGUUGCUGAUUCAGCAGGAGCUCAUUCAUAAAUUAAAAAAGAGAGUGGAGCAGGAGAGGAAGAUGAUUGAAGAGGAGAAAAAGAGAAACAAAACAGAAGAGCUGAAAAUGAAGAAGGAAGAGAAAAAGAAAAAAGAGGAUGAAGACAGAAAGAAAAGACAAAAAGAGAGAACAAGAAUGGAAGAAAAAGAAAAACUUGUUGAAAUGAGGGUUGAAGUGGAAAAAGACGAGAGAAAAAGGGAAGAAAAACAGGAGGAAGAGGAGGAAGAUAAAAACCUUGAAAAUGACAAAAACUGGAGAGGAGAAGAAACGAAGAAAAAGAUGAAGGAAGAGAGAAAAAUUCAAGAAAUUUUAGUCGGGGAAGAAAAUAUGAAACGAUCAGAAGAAGAACAUGAGAGGAAAAAGGAGGAAGAAGCACAGAAAGGAGGGAUGAGAAACAAGAAAAGAUUGGAGGAGGAAACACAAGUGGAAGAGGAGAAGAUGUUUCUCGAGGUGAUUGGAAACACGAUGAGAGAUGGUAAGAACAGAAAAAAUGAAAAAAUAAAGUUUAAGGAAGAAGUGAAGAAGAUGGAAAAGGAGGAGAGUGGAACAAAGAGCAUGGAGGAGAAAAGAAGAGAGGAAGAACUGAGAGAAAUCACUCAAAUGAAAAUGAACCACGAGGAGAUGAGACAAAAGAAGGAGGGUGAACAAAAAACAAAGGACGAGACGGGAACGAAUAAAACAGACAAAACGCAACUCGAAAAUAGUGAAGAGAAAAGAACCGCAAAAGAGGAGCGGCUACGACUACUGGAAAAUAAACACCCAGAUGAAGAGAUGGACGAAGAAACACGGAAACUGAAAGAAAACGGUCACACAGAAGACAACAAGAGAACCAAGCAAGAAAUAAAGAACAUCGAACAGCAUGGAAGACAAAGAGAAGAGAGAAAAGCUGCGAGAAAAACGGAGGAUGAAGAAAUAAAGCAUCGAGAAAUUAAAAUCUUUAACGAGAAGGACAGUGAGUGGAGAAAAGUGGAUGACAUCAGAGGUAGAGAGGUGGACAAGAGGCACAGAGUGGAGGAGGUGAAAGGAGAAAUGAAAACCCUUAUGGAGGAGACCAGAGAGGGGAAAGAGACGCAUGACUCUAAAACAAAAGUGUUGACCACCAACGAUGAACUGGAAGACAAGAAAGGAGAAAACGACAACCUAAAAUCUUGGAGAACUGGGGACCAGGACUCCUCCAGACCGGGUCCUGUCAACGAGACACUAAUCAGUUCUGAAACGACUCGGCCUCAUCUUUUAGACACUUGUGCAAAGAAAACUCCGGAUCAACACGAUUCUCCGGUAAAACCUUCCUGCUUUUCACCUGCCGGCCUGUUGGAGCACACGGAGCAGAAGAGACUGACCUGGAUGAAAGACUGCGUGUCCUGGUCCAAACUGUCCCUCCACAACAGGAGGAAGCAGAAAGGUCCCCGCCGGAGUGUGACGGGGUUGAGGAGGGCAGCCAGAGGUUGCAGUCCGCCCCCCCUCUGCGCACACACUCUCCUUCAGACUUCAGGCUGGAAAUCCCUGCAGGAGGUCACCACGUUGAUGUUGGAGGAUGUGCCCAGCUGCAGCCUGUCCACUCUUGUCCAGUGUAUCCAUCUGCAGUCCCUUACCCUGAGACGCUGCGGCCUCAGGUCUUUGGAGGGCGUCAGUCAGCUGCAGGAACUGUGCUACAUUGAUCUACAGGAGAACGACAUUUCAUUUUUGGACUGUGAAGAUAUGAGAAGUUUACGAGUUCUUCGACUCUCCAACAACAAGCUGACAUCCAUCCACGGUUUAAGUGGUGCUGAACGUUUGGAUGUUCUUGACCUGUCGUAUAACUCCAUCACCCGCAUCGCUGGUCUGGAGUCUGCUAAGAGGCUGCAGAGGCUCCUGGUUGACCAUAACCAGCUGAUCUGCACCAAAGGGCUGCGGGAUGUUUACACACUCCUCCACCUGGACUGCUCACACAACCACCUGGCCACUGUGGAGGGUCUGGAGAACAACGCCCUGCUCCACACGCUGGACCUAAGAUCCAACAGUCUUACAGAGCCCCCCGUUCUGAACAACCAGGUUGUGCUCAGAGAGCUGCAUCUGGACGACAACAGCAUCUCCUCGCUUCAAGGCCUCUCUGUCUGCUGGCUGCCCCUCCUGCAGCACUUCUCUGUGGCACAAAACAGAGCAGCACUUCAGAAAGCAGUGUCUAGCCUGAGGAUCAUUGAUGAACAGCAGACAGACUCCUGUGUGUCUUCUAUAGCUGCUCAGCAACUCGGUGUGACUCUGGACAGCUUCCUUUCCUUGUGCCAGGCUCAGAUUCAACAGACACAGGAUCUACAGCAGUGUCACAGCAGACAGCUCAGCAAUGUUACUUCUCCCUUGGAUGCCAUGAAAACACGCUGCCAGCACUUUACUAUGGCUCUGCAGUUGGCAGAGAGCCAGAGAUUUGCACACAAAUACGGUGACACCAGCGUGUCGGAUCUAUACGGGAUGGCAGAUGAAGCCGCGUCUGAGAAGACCAUGGACAUGUACUACAGAAGUUCAGAAACGGCAGCUGACGAACCAAAACUCGAGUCCAGUAACAAACUACCACCUGAUAUCUUGGGCGGGAGCAACGUCAAAUGCAGAAACUGGAGUUUUAAAGAUACUCUGCUUGAAGAAAGUCGUCCAAACACAUUGGACAGUGUCACAGAUGGUCCAAGGGCAGAGAAGACAGUUAGCAACGCUCACUCUGCUUGUGUUCCCUUUCUCUCAUCAAAAGAAGAAAUAAAUUCGUUACGUUUUGACACAAAACUUCUCUCCAGUGAUUUCAACUUGGACGUCAAAAGCAGAGCAGCAGUCGUGAUUCAGCAGACUUGGAGGAAACGCAGACAAAAAUGUGGGAACGUUAUCGACCCCUUCUUCGCAAAGAAGAGAGGAGAACGUGGAGGAGACGAAGAAAACUCAGAGUCCACGCCUUCCUUUAUUAACAGGAGUGUUGUUAGCCAAAACAAUGCUGCCACCGUUAUACAGGCAUUUUGGAGGGGCUUCACUUUGAGGAGGAGGCUCUCUUCUGCUUUCGCUGUGGUCACAUGCCCUGACUCUGAAGAAGAUGACGCCUUUGAGGAGGUGGACGUAGAGGAAUUUGUCUUUGGCGAACAGACAGCGGAGAAACACUGGACGGUGACUGAAGACUCUUCUCUAAGACAUUAUGUUGCAACAGAGCGACCUUCAGCUGCAGAGCCUUUUGUGACCUCUCAUGACAACACCCAGCAUGAACUUCAGCCACCACUUGUUUGGAGGCCAAAGCAGGCCUGGACGGCUGGACAACAAGAGGAGUCAGGGCUACAAAGAAUUUCAGCACUGACGACCCUCAGAAGCCACUUUCCUGCUUCAGCCUCAGCUCUCAGUGGUCUUUCUGAAAGAUCAGAAAAGAUUCAGGAAGAAUGGGGCUUUACCAACAGCCACACAGCUCUUCUUAUGCUCAAGCGAGCCCAGAAGAUGAAGUCGGCUAAACAAAAGCAGAAGAAACACCAAAAUCCCUCUGUCCAUGCUACCUUGUUAAGAAACUCCAGUUACCGGCUCAGCCCUGUGGAGGCAAGGAACAGGCUUGCACAACACAGCAGAUACUGUUUAAAAGUUGGUGAAGCUGAACGAGGUCUUCAAGAGGCAGAGAGAAUGGAGCGAAUGAGUGGGCCAAGUGGAGGAGCUGCUCAGGCUGUCCGACACUCAAAUAGUGAACAUUUCUUACCAGAGAUAAACUCAUCUCUUCAGAGAGGAGGCAGAGUGCAACUUGUGACCGAUUCAGCGUAUGUAGAUCGUCCUCACACCACAGGGCUUUGCGCUGACAGCAGUUUGGUCUCUCAGGCUUGCAAAGGGAACAGUUACCCUUACAGAAAUGCCUUGGCUCAUGAAGAUAAAGAAACGUCACUCGCUUUUCCCAAAAAGGAGCGCAUCUCUUUCAGAGACGACCCCGUCCAGCUGAGCGGUGGAUGGGGAGGAGGCAAGAAGAGGGACCGACAUAAAACUCACUCACCCAAGUAAAAUAAGAGUCUUCUGAAAAACA